CGAAGAUGAUUUUUCGUAUUUCGGUAUUCUUUGCUUUGUUAUAUAUUUAUAGCCCACCUGGUUCCAAGAAGGAUUUGAGGUGACUUUAGUUUAUAUGUUCCUCCUUCCCCCAGUAGUUUUGGGCAUAUUCUACUUAAGUUUUUCAGUUAUUUUUAUAGCAGGCACAUUUUAUGUAAUUAUUCUCUUGAUGUUGGAAUUUGAUGAUAUUUCCAAAUUUUUGCUUAGUCCUAAUCUUGAAGGCCUAUUCCAAUUCCAGAGUUCAGUGAACAGGCAGAAUUGUCCCAGGAACAGAAUGAAUUUAUAUUUAGAAGCAUGGAAAGAGCAAAUUGCCAAGAAGUCAAGCUGGGCUUUCAUCAACUCCUAGUUUAUAGCUUCAGACAAUGGAAGAAUUAUUCGGGGUUAGACAUAAAAAGCCUGGGUUCUGGAUUUGGUUCUGCACUUAACUGCCAUGUGAUCUGGGCUAAGCCACGAAAAUUGUAUGGGUCUUAAUGCCUUCCUUUGAAAAUUGCAUGGGCCCUCAGGAAAUUGGGCAGUUCUAAUGACAUUAAGUCUUUUAUAAAUUAUAAAGCAGUUUAUGUUUCAAGGUGACAAUGAUAUUUUGCCCCCAUUUGUGGAGUACCCACAACAUGCUAGGUACCUUGUUGGGCACUAAUGUUGUGUUUAAUUCCCAAUCAUUCUCUGAAAUAGCUGUUGUUCACCUUUUGCAGAUGAAGGAAGUGAGACUUGGAGAGGUUAAAUAACUUGUCUGCGAUGGUACAGUACGUGGCAAAGCUUAGAAUAGAAUCCAAGUGGCCUUGUUCCCAAUUUACCAGACGACCUGGAUGGCAUCACCCCCAAUGCUGGUUUUGGAAAUGGUGUGCUCCCAAAUGUGUCAGAAGAAACAGUAUCUCCCACCAGAGCACGGAACAUGAAGGACUUUGAAAAUUUGUCUUUACAGAACAGAGCGGGACUGUCUCUGGAUUUAAUUUAGAAUACUCAUUACUGCUAAUAGUUAUCUGCAAACCGCCAGUGACCAAUUGAAGAAAUGACUUGUCAGAUCUCUAAUGGAAACAAGUAAUUUCUGAGCAAAUCACUGAAUUGAAGAAAGAAAACUUUAACCUAAAGCUCCGCAUCUAUUUCCUUGAGGAAAGGAUGCAACAGGAAUUUGAUGGCCACACUGAACAUAUCUACAAAACUAACAUUGAGCUCAAGGUGGAAGUAGAAAGUCUGAAGCGGGAGCUCCAGGAGAGAGAGCAGUUGCUUAUCACAGCCUGCAAAGCAGUUGAGAGCUUAGCUGAAGGGGGUGGCUCUGAAAUUCAGCGGGUGAAAGAAGAUGCUCGGAAGAAGGUGCAGCAGGUUGAAGAUUCCCUAACCAAGAGGAUACUCCUUUUAGAAGAGGACGUGAAAGCCGCCCAAGCAGAACUGGAAAAGGCCUUUAGAGGGACCGAAAAGGAGAAGGCUCUUCGGCUGAGCUUGGAAAACAAGCUUUUAGAGAUGAAGAAGAUGCAUGAGGGUGACUUGAAGAUGGCUCUGGUCCUGGAGGAAAAAGACAGACUGAUUGAGGAGUUGAAGCUGUCUUUGAAGAGCAAAGAAGCUUUAAUUCAGUGCCUUAAAGAGGAGAAAUCUCAGAUGGCAUCUCCUGAUGUGAAUAUGUCAUCUGGAGAGCUCCAAGGACUUUCUGCUCCUCUAAGGGAAGAAAAGGAAAGAGAAACUGAGGCUAUACAUAUGGAGCAUCAGAAGGAGAGAAAUUGCUUUGAAGAGAGGAUCCAGGCACUUCAGGAGGACCUAAGAGAGAAGGAAAGAGAAAUUGCUACAGAAAAGAAGAAUAGUUUAAAGCGGGAUAAAGCCAUUCAGGGUCUAACCAUGGCAUUAAAAUCAAAGGAAAAAGAGGUUGAAGAACUUAACUCUGAGAUCGAAGAGCUCAGUGCUGCCUUUGCUAAAGCCAGAGAGGUCUCCCAGAAAGCACAGACCCAGAAAUUCCAGGGAUCUGAAGAAUAUGAGGCUGCCCUGUCAGAAAAGGAAGCCCUUUUGGCUGAAUUGCGCUCACAAAACCUCACGAAGAAUACAGAGAACCACAGACUAUGUAGGAACAUUAAGAAGGUCACCCAGGAGCUGAGCGAUUUACAGCAGGAGAGGGAGAGACUAGAAAAGGACCUGGAGGAAGCUUAUCGAGAGAAGAGCAAAGAAGACUGCACCAUCCUUGACCUUAGAAAUCAAGUUGAGAAACUACGUGAUGAAGUGACUGAAAGAGAGAAAGCAGUGGAGAAUCGCUACAAGAGUCUUUUGAGUGAAAGUAAUCAAAAAUUGUGCAGUCAAGAGCAAGAGAUCAAACGUCUAACAGAAAGUGUCAAUCAAAAGGACUUGUUGCUUAUGAAAGUCAAUGAAAAAGAUUUGGAAGCAAUUCAACAGAGCUGUCAUUUAAUGACUGCAGAGGAUUUUGAGUUCAAGAAUGAAGGCUUAAUAACAGGAAAGUGCUCUCAGCAGCCACCAGCCAGCAAAAUCAUCUUCUUCGAGGAAAAGAAACAAUCAGACUAUGAAGAGCUGAUUCAGGUCUUAAAGAAAGAGCAGGACAUCUAUUCCCGUCUGGUGAAAUCUCUUCAGGACUCAAACAGUAUCAACAACCUGCAGGCUGAGUUAAACAACAUUUUUGCCCUGCGGAAGCAACUGGAGCAGGAUGUGCUCUCCUAUCAGAAUUUGCAGAAGACCUUGGAGGAGCAGAUCAAUGAAAUUCGGAGGCGGGAAGAAGAAACAUUUUCAUUUUAUAGUGAUCAGACAUCUUAUUUGAGUAUUUGCCUUGAAGAGCACAAUCGGCUACAAGUGGAGCAUUUUUCUCAAGAAGAACUUAAGAAAAAGGUCAGUGACCUUAUACAGCUAGUGAAGGAACUGUAUACAGACAACCAGCACCUGAAGAAAACCAUUUUUGAUCUUUCCUGCAUGGGCUUCCAGGGAAGUGACAGACUUGAGUCAGUAGAACAAACAGAGGAAGUCUUUGGAGACCUUUCACCAACACUUUCUGGAGAGUGGUGGAAGCAAAGCCACAGUCAGAAGCUUCUGGCUAGCAAGGAGGAUGAGGACAUGAUCAAAAUUGGAGAAGAAUCAGACAAGAAUCAUUUCCUGAGUGACCAGCGUUUGGAGCAGAGUAAUGAGGUUAUGGAGGACUGUUCCAAAGGAGGCUGCAAAAAUGGAUAUUUAUGGCACACAGAGUCCAGUGUUUUGGACUAUGAUGGAGCCUGCAAACCUGGCUGCCCUGGAGACCAGAGUCUAGAAGAAGGAGAGCUCAUAAACUUGCUUGCCCCUUUCUUGAAUGAGAAGGCCACAUCGUUACUAGUUUCCAGGCCAGACCUUCUCCAAACGUUACAUGAACUACUUCUGGAACAAAUAUGCUUGACAAAGCAGGAUGUUUCUGGAGAAGACCUUGAUGGUAAAACCAAGAAGACACUUAAGCAAAUGGCUAUUCAGCUAAGAGGUGAACUCAGACGUUUCAUCCAAGCCAACUCAUUUUCCAAGCCACAUGAUGAACUGAAGUCGCCUUGGGGAGCCCAGCUAGUAAAGUUGGGUGAAGUGUCCAAGGUGGAGCUGAAAGACGCUUCAAUGCAGACCGUGGUCAUGGAGGGCAACACUCUCAGAUUCAAACACGAAGGAAUGAGAGAGGCUUGGGAAGAGAAACCAACAGAUGCUGUAUUCAGUGCUGAGCAUCAGCCAGAGAACUUGCAUAGGAUGCCAGGGAGGCAGGGCACUCCCCUUUCUCUCCCGAGUGGGACUGACAAAGAUGCUAAGAAAUCCCGCUUGCCGAUCCUGAUAAAACCAUCCCGGUCAUUAGAAAAUGUGUAUCGGCUCUCUGCUACCCAGGAGGUGGUGGCCCAGCUGCAAGGCCAGAUCAUGGAGCUGCAGGGGGAAUUGAAGGAGUUUAAAACUCACAACAAACAGCUUCACCAAAAAUUAAUUCUGGCUGAAGCAAUGAUGGAGGGCAAGCCAAUGGCAGACAAAAUGCUACUGAAUGCCCAGCCCCUUGUGGGAACAGCCUACCAGGGCAGCCCAGGAGAGCAAAAAGGAAUUAAAACCACACCCUGUGUUUGGAGAGACAAGGAAAUGGACAAUGAUCAGCAAACAAGCUACGAGACUGACUCUGAAAUUUACCAGCCUGAUGACCUUGCCAUCUUGCCAACAUGCAAAGAAAGUCCUUCCGAAGAUUUUCAGGGCACAACUUCAGUAGCUACUUAUGUGAGUUCUAAGAGUCAGCUUUCUGUUAAAGUGAACAUGAUUGAGACUGAUCAGUCUGAGAACAUCGAUGCCUCAAAUGGUACAGAAUACUUAAAACAGAAAAUCCGUGACUUAGAAACUGAGCUCAAGGGCUACCAAAGUUUCAUAUUUCAGCUUCAAUCAGGGAAACACUCCCAGUGCAGUGAGGCCAUUAUCACCGUUUUGUGUGGGACAGAAGGGGCCCAGGAAGGCUUGAACAAGCCCAAGGGUGGUACUGACGAUGAAGAAAUGACCUUCUCAAGUUUGCACCAAGUACGUUAUGUGAAACACAUGAAAAUCCUCCAUCCCAUGGCCCCAGAGACGACUGAUGGCGGGAUGCUGGAGAGCCUCAAACAGCAGCUGGUGGAACAGGAAUAUGAGCUGCAGAAAGAGCAGAAUUUGAACAUGGAACUGUUCAGUGAAAUCCAUAAUCUGCAGAAUAAGUUCCGAGACCUCUCACCCUCAAGAUACGAUUCAUUAGUUCAGUCCCAAGCCAGAGAGCUCUCCCUUCAACGACAGCAGAUUAAAGACAGCCAUGACAUCUGUGUCAUUUAUCGUCAACAUAUGAACACCAUGAUGAAGGCGUUCGAGGAGUUGCUGCAGGCUAGCGAUGUUGACUGCUAUUUGGCUGAGGGUUUCCAGGAGCAGCUGAAUCAGUGUGCUGAACUGCUGGAGAAAUUGGAAAAGUUGUUUCUCAAUGGAAAGUCAGCUGAGGUGGAAGUGAGCGCCCAGAAUGAACUGAUGGAGAGGAUUGAGGAAGACAACUUAACCUACCAACAUACUAUACCUGAAUCUCCUGAGCCUUCAGCCUCUCACGCACUGUCUGAUUGUGAAAUGUCCGAAAAGUCCUCUUUCUUCUCACGAGACCAGAAGCAAGAUAGCGAGAUUGAGAAGAUUUCGGUUAUAGCUAACAGUAUUUCUCAAGACUUACUAAUGGAACAUAUACAAGAAAUUCGCACUUUGAGAAAACGUUUAGAAGAAUCUAUCAAAACAAAUGAGAAACUGCGGAAACAGCUGGAACGGCAAGGGUCUGAAUUUGAUCAAGGUUCUGCAAACAUUUUUGCUUAUGGUUCAGAGCUACAUAAUUCUCUGACAUCAGAAAUUCAUUUCCUGAGGAAGCAGAACCAGGCCCUCAAUAUGAUGCUUGCUAAAGGAUCCAGAGAUAAACAGAAGGAGAAUGAAAGAUUGCGAGAGUCCCUCUCCAGGAAGAUUGCGAACCUUGAGAACCUUCAGCAAAAGUAUUCCUCUGUGAAGGGAGAAAAUGAAAGGCUGCAGAAGGAAGUCAGUGAGAAAGAGAGACACAACCAGCAGCUGGUCCAGGAGAUCUACGACAGACGCAAGGAGCUGAGCAGGGCACAGGAGGAGGUGAAGUUGAGGCAGCAACUGCUCUUGCAGAAUGACAAGCUACUCCAGUCCCUUCGAGUAGAGCUGAAGGUAUAUGAGAAGCUGGAUGAAGAACACAGGCGACCAAGAGAGGCCAGAGCAGAGGCGUCGGGAGAAGGCUGGAAGGGGCAGGACCCGUUCAGUGACCUGCAUGGCCUCCUGAGAGAGAUCCAGGCUCUGCGGGUGCAGUUAGAGAGGAGCAUCGAAACCAACAGCAACCUACAGAGCAAGCUCGAGGAGCAGCUGGCGAAGGAUGGUAGCAGAUGUUCCAUGGCAAACGAGAAUUCAUAUGAUCUGUUUGAUUCUACCCUGGCAGUGCCACCAAAAUUAGCUUCAGAGACCCUUCUACUGUAUGGAGAUGACGUGGACUCUCUCUCCUGUGACAGUGGCAGCUCAGCCACCAGCAGCCCGUCCACGAUCCGCCUGGUCCCUGGCCACCGCCUGUGGGCCAGCAAGAGUGGCCGCCACGUCUUGGGCCUGAUCGAAGACUACAAUGCCCUGCGCAAGCAGAUUGGCCAGGGCCAGAGGCUCCUUGCUAAAAUGGACGUUCAAAUCCAGGAGGUUUCUAGCCCCACAGUUCGAGAGCUAGGAACAAAGGGUCCAUACUCAACGCCUCUGAGCCGUUUUGUCACCAGUGUGAAUACAGCCAAGCUGAUCCUGGAAGAAGCCUCGAGGUUAUUGAAGCUUCUCUGGAGAGUCUCACUCCCCACAGAUGGCCAGUGCACCCUUCACUGUGAGCAGAUUGGAGACAUGAAGGCAGAGAUCACCAAAUUACAAAAAAAACUGUUUGAGCAAGACAAGAAAUUGCAAAACACUGCCAAGCUCUUGCAGCUGAGCAAGCAUCAGGAGAAGGUUAUCUUUGACCAGUGUAAGUGUGGGGUCAGGGUGGAGGUGGGGUGGGCGACCACCUUGUUGGAUCACUUCUGGCUUCUAUUCAUAAUUUAUGCCCACAUCAUUUGUAAUCUUGCCUCCUAUUUAUGGGCUUCUUUUUAUACUUCAUCCUUUCCUACUGGCACAGACAAAUGUAUUCACUUAACGAAGACCUAUGUGGAGGGGCCACUCGAUGCCAGGUGCUGUCACCUGUUUGAGGAGACAGGUGCAUGGGACGUGCAGUGAUGGGAAAGUGCAUAGAGUGUCACAGGAGCACUGAGGAGGAAGUGGGGUGGGCAUCACUCUGGGAGGUGGGCUUCUUGGAUGAAGUGACACCUGAGCUGAGUCUGAAAGGAGGAGUAGGUGUUAGAUGGACGGGACAGUGGCUGUCCAGGCAGAGGGAGCAGCAUGGACAAAGGCAUAGAGGCAGGAAGUAAGGUCUUGUAUGUGAGAAACCAAA